CGGAAGCGAUCGCUCGCUUUAAAAGCGUCCGUCCGCCACGCGCGGCCUCUUCCUGUCUGUGCCAGGCGACGCGUGGUCGGCGCCGAGCGGUGGAGACGCCCGCGCUGUGCCUCCAGGAUGACCGAGUGGGAGACGGCUGCACCUGCAGUGGCAGAGACGCCCGACAUCAAGCUAUUCGGCAAGUGGAGCACCGACGAUGUGCAGAUAAAUGACAUUUCCUUGCAGGAUUACAUAGCUGUGAAGGAGAAGUAUGCCAAAUACUUGCCCCACAGCGCAGGGCGCUAUGCUGCCAAGCGCUUCCGCAAAGCACAGUGCCCCAUCGUGGAGCGCCUCACCAACUCCAUGAUGAUGCAUGGCCGCAACAAUGGAAAGAAGCUCAUGACUGUCCGCAUUGUCAAGCAUGCCUUCGAGAUCAUCCAUCUGCUUACUGGGGAGAACCCUCUGCAGGUCCUGGUGAACGCCAUUAUCAACAGUGGCCCCAGGGAAGAUUCAACCCGAAUUGGAAGAGCUGGGACUGUGAGGAGACAGGCUGUGGAUGUGUCCCCAUUGCGCAGAGUGAAUCAGGCCAUCUGGCUCUUGUGCACGGGUGCCCGUGAGGCUGCCUUCCGGAACAUCAAGACCAUUGCUGAGUGCCUGGCUGACGAGCUCAUCAAUGCAGCCAAGGGUUCUUCCAAUUCCUAUGCUAUCAAGAAGAAGGAUGAGCUGGAGCGUGUGGCCAAAUCCAACCGUUGAUUUCCAGGCUGCUGUUUCAAUAAACUUGUCUGCCUUUUGGAACAUUCCA